GAGCCAGCUGUGCCGGUGAUAUUAACUGGAUUUCAGAUUGCCUGUGACUGCUGCAGUAGGUGGUACCACCAAGCAUGUGUCCAGGGGACAUCAAAAGUGAACUUUCUGUGUCCUGCCUGUGAAAAUUAACCAGAUAUUGUAGCUUUCUUUUUCUUUCUUUCAAACAAUGGAUGGUACUGUACCAGUGUAUUUAUUUUCUGUUUUAAUGGAUAGUUCAUACAUUCAAAAGUUCUGUUAUUACCCCCAUGAACAACAAACCUGUCUGUAUAAAUCAUACUAAAUUUAACAGAAUAAAAUACUGCAUUGAAUAUUAUUACUUGUGUAGGUGCAUCAGACCCAUGUUAGUGACUCUCUGUAUAUUCACACAGAAGAAAAUAAUGCCCAAAUAAUACCCUAGUAUAAUGUCACAUUUUAAAUUUACUUUUAAUCAUUUAGCAGACGCGUUUAUCCAAAGCGAGUAAACGACUUACAGAUGAGGGAAACAAUGGAAGCAAUUGGAACAACAUGAGGACAACAAAAAGCAUAGGUGCAAUAAAAAACUGGUCUCAUAUAGCCUACCACAGUAUACAGAGAUAGGAUUUUUUUGAAAGACUAUAUAUUACAUUACUUGUGUAGGUUCAUCAGAACCCAGCCUAGCUGAGAUUUUAUCCUAGCUAGUCGGUCUCAAGCCCGGGUAAAUGGGGAGAGAGAAGAUGCUGGGAAGCAGCGUUAUCAGUUAGCCAAAACAUCUGGCAAACCAACAUUGUUGGACUGCGCUGAAGAAGGAAAUGGCGACCCACUUCAGUAUUUACGCCAAGAAAAUUCAAUGGAUAGACAACCGAAGAGUUUUCAAGAUAUGGCGCUGGAAGGUGAGGACCCCAGGUUGGAAAGUGCCCAAAAUGCUACUGGGGAAGAGCCUAGGAUUACUAUGAUUAGUACUGGGAUUUGGAUGUGUCUGUACCAAAACCGAAAGGACGUUCAGAUGCUGAUGUACCCAGACACGAAAGACAUGAAAGGAACAUCCGAAGCUUAACAAAGACGCAUACAAUUGGAACAUGGAAUGUUAGAACAAUGAAUCAGGGAAAGCUCGACACUGUGAAAAUGGAAAUGGCUCGCAUGAAGAUCAGUAUACUUGGAAUAAGUGAGCUGAAGUGGACAGGCAUGGGUCAUUUUCAAUCAGGUGAUUACAAAGUCUUUUAUGCUGGACAUGAUGCAAACCGAAAAAAUGGAGUAGCCCUAAUUGUGGAGAAAGAAACUGCGAAUGCAGUCAUGGGAUACAAUCCGAAGAAUGACCGAAUGAUAUCUAUUCAAAUUCAAGGCCACCCGAUAAAUCUGACUAUCAUUCAAGUGUAUGCGCCAACAACAGAUGCCGAUGAAGAUGCUCGUGAAGCGUUCUACUCCGAACUGCAGCAGCUCAUUGAUUCAACACCAAAGAAGGAUGCCAUUCUCAUCAUCGGAGAUUGGAAUGCCAAAGUUGGAGAAAAAGAAGAACCUGGAAAAGCUGGAAAAGAAGGACUUGGCUACCGAAAUGAAGCAGGAGACAGACUGAUGGAGUUCUGCCAUGAAAACUGUCUAUGCAUCAUGAACACGUGGUCAAGCAGCCCAAAAGAAGACCUUACACCUGGACCUCACCAAAUGGGCAGUGUCGAAACCAAAUUGAUUACAUACUUUGCAGUAGACGAUGGAAAAGCUCAGUACUGUCAGCAAAGACACGUCCAGGAGCAGACUGUGGCACAGACCAUGAACUGCUACUAUCAAAGCUGA